AUGUCUCGCCGUGCAGCAGUCGUAGAAGAGUUUGACGACGACACCGAUCUUCCUCUCCCUUCGAGACCUCUGCCAAACACCGGCUCAUCGGGGCCAUUGUUACAGGAACUGCACAUAUCAGACGACGACGACGACUACGCUCGCCCAGGGCCAGCCUCCCCACACGCUCAGCCAAAUUUUCGCCCUCCUUCUGGUGUGAAUCCGCGAAACACGGUCACGGACAUCACGCCGUAUAAGAACUGGACGUGUAUUUACCCUAUUUACCUGGACGCCAAACGCGCAUAUGGAACUGGUCUUCGUCGGGUGCCUCGGCCUAAUGCGAUCUGGUGGCCGUUGAGUAAAGACAUUGCCGACGCUGCGACCAGUCUCGGAUUGCCUGUUUUACACGAGGUGGGGAAAUCUCAUCCGCGUGAUUGGGAGAAUCCUGGGCGGGUGAGGGUUCAAUGGAAGAAAGACGGGAGGCUAGUCAACCCCAUGUUGAAGACUAAAAAACUCCUCCUCCAAAUGAUCUCAGAGCGGAUACAGUUGGAGAAACCACAAUUAAAACCCGCCCCACCAUAUAUCUUCACCACAAGCAAUCCCGUCUCAGAGUCAACUCAACCUGCUCCAAAACCCGGUAAAGGGAAGACAACGAAGCCGGUACCAACACCUAAGCAGAACAAGCCUCGGACAUCCGCUUUGCCGAGUCCACCAGAACCACACCCGCCGCUUUCUUCUCGAGUCUCGGUGUAUUCUCCUGCGCUGGUCAGUGGCAUCCUUGUCGAUGCAGUCAAGGCAGGCAUGGCAGCGCAAGCCCAGGAAGCGGCGUCUGGGGCCCAACCAGGUUUACCAGGUCAACAACAAGGCAGCGCUGGCGGUAUGCAGAAAGGAAAACGGAAGGUGGUGCGUGUGAGAGGAUAG